AGUUACUCGAGCGUGACAUCUGAAAAAUAUUUCAAAAUAUUUACCACUCCUAGGUGUAAUCUUGGCUGUCUCCCAAAGAUCUACGAACCGAUCCUGUUAUUACACGGGGGGAUUACAUCACCUAAAACAUGGUUUACGGAGAGAUAUUUGACCAUUCCUUAUUCGGAAUUACUCCGAAACGGACAAACAGCCAUGUCCGCACUCCUAAUCAUUUUAUCUAUGGCAGUUGCCACUGUCGCCGCUGGAAAACUUGUCAGCUAUUGUGAUGUUGACAAACAGGAGUUUUACGUUAAGCAGUGGGGGCGGUGCAAGGCUUGUGAUAGGUGUCCAAGGGGUUACGGACUGGAUUCAGAGAGAGAUGUACGACUAGAUCCAGUGUACGGAGCCCUCCACUGUAGAGGUUGUGUGAAAUGCACUACCGGUGAAACCUAUAAUUCUGAGAUAGGAUACGGGGAAUGCAUCAGGUGUACAAACUGUACGGCUUACCGAAGAACUGUCAUAACAGAGUGUACAAUAGAAACAGAUACAGUCUGCAGCAAUACAGUAAUACAAGAGAACAGGCUAAUCCAGUCGUUCCAGAAUAAGCGUGAAACUGCUUCAGAGGAUCAAACUUACUCGGACUCAAAAUCAGACACCGAGGACAAUAUCGGCAAACAAGACCUAGAAAAUACAGAUUUGAAUCCUGUGCUGACAUGGUCUGGAAUUUUAGCAAUAGCAAUGUUUGUUCCUCUUUCAAUUGUGAUUUUCAGAAGAAAUAAAGACAAAAUAAAUUGCUGGAAAAAAGACAUAAACAUUUCUAUAGAUGUCCAAGAGCAAGAAAACUUGCAUAAAAAAGAUAAAUCUGAUGUUCCUGCGACACUUGAAUCAGUUGUGGAAUCUGUUUCUUUAAAAACCGUGGAAUCUCAGAAAGAUUGCUCAGAAGAAACUAACCAGUCUCAUAAACGACUAUCAGUGAUGUCUGAUGAUAUGCCGCCAUUAGAGAGCAACUUCUAUUACAGUUUAAGCAGUGACAUCCACUUAAAUGGAAUGGAUGUUGUGGAAGAUGCAGAAAAUUCCCAGGUAUGA